AUGGCAAAGAAAAAGGUGAUCAGCAAUGAGCCCGAAACACCCUUCCACACCUUCACAGUCGACCAGACUGCCGAACACUACUCCACCAACACCCUCGAGGGUCUGACCUCCCAAGAGGCCGCCGACCGACUCAAAAUCUAUGGUGUCAACGAACUCCAGGGUAACGGGGGUGUCAAGUGGUACAAGGUCCUCUGGCGCCAGAUCGCCAAUACCCUUGUCGUUAUUCUCAUUAUUGCUACCAUCCUGUCGUUCGCAACCCAGGACUUUGCAGAAGGAGGCGUGAUCCUGUUCAUCGUCAUCAUGAACGCCGGUAUCGGGUUCUGGCAAGAAUAUAACGCCGAACAGACUAUGGAAGCCCUCCGCAACAUGUCCUCCCCAACCGCCAAGGUCAUCCGCGACGAGACCCGCGCCACAAUUCCCAACAACCAGGCCGUCCCCGGAGAUAUCAUGAUCUUUGAGGACGGAGAUGUCAUUGGUGCUGACUGUCGGCUCUUUGAAAUCUUCAAUCUUGAGACGGAUGAGGCGCUCUUGACAGGUGAGUCUUUGCCGGUCCAGAAGAACUUGGAUCAGAUCGAGCAUGCGGAUCAAUCGUUGGGGGACCGGUUGAAUAUGGUCUUUGCAUCGACCACUGUCGUCAAGGGUCGUGCCAAGGGAAUCGUGACGGCCACAGGGAUGAAGACCCAGAUCGGCAAGAUAGCGACCACCUUGAUGGAGGUCGAUACCAACGAGGCGACUCCGCUCCAGAAGCAAUUGAACAAGAUGGCCUAUUUCAUCUUCAUGGCUGCGAUUAUCCUGGUGAUCAUUGUGUUUGGUGUGCACAAUUUCAAGUACUCGAACGAGGUGGCGAUAUAUGCAAUCUCGGUGGCGAUCGCUAUGAUCCCUGAGGGGUUGGUGGCUGUUGUUACGUUGACGAUGGCGUUUGGUGUCCGAAGGAUGGCGGAAGUGAAGGCUAUUGUUCGUCGCUUGUCGUCGCUUGAGAGUUUGGGCGCCGUUACCAACAUUUGUUCAGACAAGACGGGAACGCUGACACAGUCAAAGAUGGUGGCUGUUCGCAUGUGGCUGCCCAGCGACGGGUUCUACCGCAUCACCGGUACCGGCUUCGUCCCCGAGGGAGACGUCUUCCGUCAGGGUGAGAUCGACGGCCAUCAAUUCUUGUUGCAGGAGGAACAGAUCCCCACCGGUUGCGGAAGCGACCACUACCUCCGCGCCCUCGAGGCGGCCUCGCUCUGUAACAUGGCCGAACUCCGUCGUACCGCCCACCCCGAUACCAACGGUGAAUGGUCUGCGAUCGGAGACCCUACCGAGAUUGCCCUCCAGGUCCUCGCUUACAAAGCUGGUCUUGCCAAGCCCGAUCUGAUAGACCAAGGGUUCAAGCUGAUUGCCGAGUUCCCCUUUGAUUCCUCCGUCAAGCGCAUGUCUGUCCUUUACCAGGGACCCGGUACUGAGGAAGGACCCGGUGACUACUUUAUCUUCUUGAAGGGAGCCACUGAGCGUGUUAUUGGAUGCUGUACUUACUGGCGUGAUGGCGAUAUUGAGCGCAGUUUAAUUGGAGAGAGGGGGGCUGAGGGCAGUGUGAGUGGAGAGAAGGGGACUGAGCGCGGGUCGUUUGAGGAAAUGAUGACGGAGAAGAUGGAUAUCCUGGCCGAAAAGGGUCUCCGUGUCUUGACCCUUGCCUACCGUCGAUUCGAACCCCCACCUGGCAUCGAUCUGGUCCAUGGAUUGGACCGUGCCACUAUUGAGGUCGAUAUGGUCUUUUUGGGUCUGGUUGGUAUAUAUGACCCACCUCGUGCCGAGUCCCGCCCUGCCGUUCUCAAGUGUUACGAUGCCGGUAUCCGUGUCCACAUGUUGACCGGAGACCAUCCCUCGACUGCUGCUGCGAUUGCCAAAGAGGUCGCCAUUAUCCCUGAGGACUGUGAGGUCAAGGACAACCCGCUGAUCAUGACCGCAGGACAGUUUGAUGCCAUGUCGGACGAGGAGGUCGAUAGUCUUGUCGAGUUGCCACGUGUCGUCGCCCGCUGCUCACCCAACACCAAGGUCAAGAUGAUUGCAGCCCUCCAUCGCCGAAACUUGUUUGCGUCCAUGACCGGAGACGGUGUGAACGAUUCACCUUCGCUCAAGGCGGCCAACGUUGGUAUUGCGAUGGGUCAGUCUGGUUCGGAUGUCGCCAAGCAGGCUGCCGAUAUUGUGUUGACGGAUGACAACUUUGCGACGAUUGUCCAGGCCGUGGCUGAGGGUCGUCGCAUUUUUGCCAACAUCCAAAAAUUUGUCCAGCACUUGAUGUCUUGCAACGUUGCCGAGAUCGUAGUCCUGAUUGUCGGUCUGGCCUUCAAGGACGAUGACCAUAACGCCGUCUUCCCCAUGAGUGCUGUCGAGAUCCUGUUCUUGAACCUGAUCACAUCCUCCCCACCCGCCAUGGGUUUGGGAGUCGAACCUGCCAGUGAGACCAAUAUGCACGAACCCCCUCGGUCGGCCAAGCAAGGAUUGUUCUCGUUCGAGGUCAUCAUGGACACGCUAGUCUAUGGUAUCGUCAUGGGUGGGCUGUCGUUCGCCAACUUUUUGAUCACCCUCUUUGUCUUCCACAAGGGCCGCAUGGGCCACGACUGUAACCGCGAAUACUCCGAUUCCUGUUACGGUGUCUUCCGCGCCCGUACGACCACCUACGCCUCCCUUACAUUCCUGAUCCUCGCCCAUGCGAUCAACUCUCGUGCCAUUCGAGAGUCUACCUGGACGCCCAAGAGCCUGGCGACGUUGAAGUACAACAAGAUGCUUUGGAUCAGUAUAGUAGUCGGUGUGAUCCUGGUCUUCCCGGUCAUUUAUAUCCCGGGUCUGAACCAUAAUGUCUUCAAGCAUUCGGGUAUCAGUUACGAGUGGGGGCUUGUUAUUGCGGCAUUGGUGAUCUUUAUCGCGUUUGCGGAGACGUACAAGUUUGUGAAGCGUAGGACGAUGAAGCCUUUGGCGGUGGCUUCGAAUGCUGAUGCCGAGUUGGAGAGGAUGAGGACGUAUAUGUCCCAGACUGACAGUAUGGAUGUCUCCAAGCAGUAG